AUGCCUUACAAUUCAUUUAGUACAUCGAUAGUUCAAGUAAAUUCUCAAUUAUGUGAUGGAAUGUCUCAAUGUGAUCGAUGUUCACGGAAUUCGGCAUGUGCCUGUUUUCAUUUACCUGGUGCUUCUAACACUGGCAUUUGUACUGAUCGAUACGCAGUAACUUGUUCUGAACUAGUUCCAUGCAACCCUACAACAAAUCAUUGUAGUCAGUCGGAUCAUACAUGUGUUCAUCAUCCUCAAUGUCGUGAUAUUCCUGUUUGUUAUCCAGUACCAGAUUACAAUAAACAAUUCUGUCAACCGAUGUCAAGUAAGAGAACAUAA